UUACUAAAAGCGAUGAUAAAAAUUUGUUUUCAGGUUCUAUGUUGCGGAGAUUCUUCUUGCACUGGAGUAUUUACACAUGCUUGGUGUGAUAUACCGAGACCUGAAGCCAGAAAACAUUCUAGUUCGUGAAGAUGGACACAUUAUGCUUACGGAUUUCGACCUCUCACUUAGAUGUGCAGUGAACCCAACUCUUCUCAGAUCAACUUCUCCUCCAGGGAACGAUCCCGCAAGAUCUUCAGGCCCAUACAACACAUCCAACUGCAUACAACCAUUCUGUACCAUGGAACCAUCUUUCCAGGUUUCAUGUUUCAGCCCAAGGCUCUCCACAAACCAACAACAAGGUCAAAAACCAAAAAGAGGUAAUCAACAACAGAUGAAGAGAUCAUUGCCUCAGCUCGUGGCUGAACCAACAGAAGCAAGGUCCAAUUCCUUUGUGGGAACACACGAGUACUUAGCUCCAGAGAUAAUCAGAGGACAAGGACACGGCGCCGCGGUUGACUGGUGGACUUUUGGGGUUCUCCUUUACGAGCUUUUGUAUGGGAAAACACCUUUCAAAGGUCACAACAACGACGAGACAUUAGCCAAUGUUGUGUUGCAGAGCCUCAAGUUUCCUGAUAGCCCGCUGGUGAGCUUCCAGGCAAAGGAUUUGAUCAGAGGGCUUCUGGUUAAGGAGCCAGAGAACCGGCUCGGGUCAGAGAAAGGUUCUGCAGAGAUCAAAAGACAUCCUUUCUUUGAAGGAUUGAAUUGGGCUCUAAUCCGGUGUGCAAUACCGCCCGAGCUACCGGAUUUUUAUGAGUUCGGCGGUAGACAAGAGGCUGCAGGUUCACCUGGUGGUAAUGAUAAUAAGUAUCUUGAAUGUAAAGCCAUAGGUGAGUUCGAGUUGUUCUAAGUGUCUUUAAACAAGGUGUUGUAAAAGUAGUAAAAGUUGUUGUAAGUUUCACAUCUCAAAUCCUCAAGUCAAAUGUGUAAAUUUUAGCCUCUUCUGAGAGACAUCAUAAUCCCAUAUAUUUCAUUAAA